AGGCUGCGCGGGCGGGGGCCGGAAGUGCGGGCGCAGCUACAGCGCGGGUCGGGGUCGUGGGCGGGGGCCGGGCCUGCACUGGGGUCGGACUGCAGCUCCCGGCGGCCAGCAUGAAGCGGGACGUGCGCAUCCUGCUGCUUGGCGAGGCCCAGGUGGGGAAGACGUCGCUGAUCUUGUCGCUGGUGGGCGAGGAGUUUCCCGAGGAGGUCCCUCCCCGGGCAGAAGAGAUCACCAUUCCCGCGGACGUCACCCCAGAGAAGGUGCCCACCCACAUCGUGGAUUACUCAGAGGCUGAGCAGACAGUCGAGGAGCUUCAGGACGAGAUUCACAAGGCAAACGUGGUGUGCGUGGUGUAUGACGUGUCUGAGGAGGCCACUAUUGAGAAGAUCCGAACCAAAUGGAUCCCGCUGGUGAAUGGGGAUACCAAGAGGGGGCCCAGGGUCCCCAUUAUCCUGGUGGGCAACAAGUCGGACCUGCGGCCGGGGGGCUCCAUGGAGGCUGUGCUGCCCAUCAUGAGCCAGUUCCCUGAGAUCGAGACCUGUGUGGAGUGCUCGGCGAAGAACCUGAAAAACAUCUCAGAGCUGUUCUACUACGCACAGAAGGCCGUGCUACACCCCACGGCCCCCCUCUAUGACCCUGAGGCCAAGCAGCUGAUGCCCGAGUGCGCCCAGGCCCUUACACGCAUCUUCAGGCUCUCAGACCAGGACAUGGACCAGGUGCUCAGUGACCAGGAGCUUAAUGCUUUCCAGAUGUCCUGCUUCGGGCACCCUCUUGCCCCGCAGGCCCUGGAGGAUGUGAAGGUGGUGGUGAGCAAGAAUGUGGCAGGAGGCGUGCGGGAUGACCGGCUGACCCUGGACGGCUUCCUUUUCUUGAACACGCUCUUCAUCCAGCGAGGCCGCCACGAGACCACGUGGACCAUCCUGAGGCGCUUUGGCUAUGGCGACUCGCUUGAGCUGACGGCCAACUACCUCUGCCCACCGCUCCAUGUGCCCCCCGGAUGCAGCACCGAGCUCAACCACCGCGGCUACCAGUUUGUGCAGAGGAUGUUCGAGAAGCAUGACCAGGACCGAGAUGGCGCCCUCUCGCCAGCAGAGCUGCAGAGCCUUUUCAGCGUGUUUCCUGCUGCUCCCUGGGGCCCCCAGCUCCCUCGCACAGUCCGCACCGAGGCCGGUCGGUUGCCUCUGCACGGGUAUCUCUGCCAGUGGACUCUGGUGACCUACUUGGACGUCCAGCACUGUCUUGAGCACCUUGGCUACCUGGGCUUCCCCACCCUCUGCGAGCAGGAUUCCCAGGCCCACGCCAUCACAGUCACCCGGGAGAAGAGGCUGGACCAGGAGAAGGGACAAACGCAGAGAAACGUUUUCUUGUGCAAGGUGGUAGGGGCCCGCGGAGUGGGCAAGUCCUCCUUCCUGCAGGCUUUCCUUGGCCAUGGCCUGGGGGAUGCUGGGGAGCCUGCCGGGGAGUCCUCUGCCUACACCAUCGACACCGUGCAGGUCAACGGGCAGGAGAAGUACCUGAUCCUGUGUGAGGUGGGUGCAGACAGCCUCCUGACCGCCUCGGCCGACGCCACGUGUGACAUCGCCUGCUUGAUGUUUGACAGCAGCCACCCCAGGUCCUUCUCGCUGUGCGCCAGUGUCUACAAGCGCCACUACAUGGACAGGCAGACCCCCUGCCUCUUCGUCUCCUCCAAGGCUGACUUGCCCGAAGGCGUCUUGCUGCCUGGUCUGUCUCCAACUGAGUUCUGCCGUAGGCACCGGCUGCCCGCCCCCGCCCUGUUCUCUUGUGCCGGCCCAGCCGAGCCCCGCGCGGCCAUCUUCACCCGGCUCGCCACAAUGGCCGCCUUCCCGUGGACACCUUGUCCACGGGGAGCUGCACGCCACCUCCUUCUGGCUCCGGGUGGCGCUGGGGGCCGUCGGGGCUGCCGUUGCUGCCGUUCUCAGCUUCUCACUCUACAGGGUCUUGGUGAAGAGCCGAUGAGGUCCCAGACCCCACAGUCUGAUCUCAGGGUGCUGGUGUGGGGCCACUUGCUUGGUGGGGGAUGGAGACCCUCUCAACUUUCCUCCUGAGGACAGUCCACCUGCUGCCCCACCCCUGCCUCAGCCCCGAGGGUGGCCCUGGCUCCCAGCAGCCUGUGUCCGGCCUUGCUGCAGGUGCCGGGCAUGACCCUCUUCUGUGGGCAUCAUGUGUUGGAGGGACCGGGAGGUGUGGGUGAGGAAGUCAGUGACCCCAGACCCGAAUUCUCAGGGCUCCACUCCUCCUUCCUGGUCCCAUGUGGCCAGAGGGUAUGAAGGGGGUAAGAGGGCAGAGCUUUGGGCCAAAGGCAGGGGCGUGGAGGCAAGAAAUGGCUGGACCAUUGUGCGCGCCCCCACCCCCCAAUCUGAAGACAGGUCCAGGGCUGUGCCUCUCACAGAAGACGUAUGAGAUUGGGUUUCCUGAUUAAACUUCACUUGUGUCUUUUA